AUGAAUCAUUCUUAUGGUUAUCAGACCAGUGAUGCUGCUGAUAAUUUGUACUCCGGUUCCUCUAGCAGUUUCAGUCAUCCUGAAUCUCCCAGUUCUGUCGCUGCUGCUGCCACUGCUUCUGCCGAAAGAAAAGAGAGGGAAGUUAAAGAGAGAGUUGCAUUCAAGACACAGUCUGAUGUUGAAGUGCUUGACGAUGGGUUCAAGUAUGGGAAGAAGAUGGUGAAGAACAGCCCAAAUCCUAGAAACUAUUACAAAUGUUCAGCUGAUGGGUGUCCCGUGAAGAAAAGAGUUGAAAGAGAUAGAGAUGAUCCUAGCUUUGUGAUAACAACUUACGAGGGCUCUCACAAUCACUCAAGCAUGAACUAA